UCUUCUUCUAGAGAAUAGGGUUUUGAAAUUGAGUAACUUCUCCAUCUGGUUCUUGUCAGAUAAAUCGAAAAUGGUGAGAGGAGAUCAUGAGGAGGGGGAGGAGGAGAUGAUGGUGGCGGCCACGAAACCAGCAUGGCUUGAAGGAUUAAUGUCGGAAACUUUCUUCUCGAGCUGUGGGAUCCACGGGAGUCGCCGUAAAAGCGAGAAGAACGUGUUUUGCUUGCUCUGUUGUCUCAGUGUUUGUCCUCACUGCCUCCCUUCCCAUCGCUCUCAUCCUCUUCUUCAGGUGAGACGAUACGUAUACCACGACGUCGUUCGACUGAGUGAUCUUGAGAAGCUCAUAGAUUGUUCAUAUAUUCAGCCAUAUACAAAUAAUGGUGCCAGAGUGAUAUUUAUAAACCAAAGACCACAAUCAAGAGUUAAGGUCUCUUCAAAUGUUUGCUUCACCUGUGAUAGAAUCCUCCAAGAACCAUUCCACUUUUGUUCUCUCUCUUGCAAGGUGGAUUACUUAGUAUAUCAAGGAGAUGAUUUAUCAAGUAUUCUCUAUAGAAUCGAUGAGUCGGAUUUCACGUUUUUAAGUUUGCGAAUGGACGGACACGAUCAGCUCGGAGAGAUAUCAACAAUGGAGGACGAGACAGACGAUAUUGUGGUAAUCUCUGAUCAAUCGGAGCAAGGUAACAAUAGUAAUAAGGAGAAAAGGAAGAAGAAGAAAGAGAGCAAUUACUUGCCUGGGAUGGUUCUUUCAGUUGGUAGCAGAAGAAAAGGCGCUCCUCAUAGGGCUCCUUUUUCAUAAUUUGUUUAAAACAAAAAAAAUCAUAGCCAAACAAAAUAACAUAUUUAUAAAAUAAGCAUUAAUUUAUAUUUAUAAAUAA